GUCACUGGACACAGACCGUUGACUCUGCUUUCUUGUCACAGGUGCAGCCAGACCUGUUGAGAUUCACCAGCAAUUUCUGUUUUUGUGUUAGAUGGAUGUUUAAUGAUCAGCAGGGACAGAACAGGCUGAAGGUGCUAUUUCCAUGCUGUAAUAAAAAUCUCUGACUGUAUGACCCAUUUAUUCCUACUCUCUGUUUUCUGCCUGUCAGCCAAUCCUUAAUGCAAGCCAGUACAUUUCCUUAUAUUCCAUCUGCUUUAAUUUUACUAACCACCCUCCAAUGGGGACCUUAUCAAAAGAUGAAUAUUGUGAAAGGUGCUAUAUAAAUGCAAGUCUUUUUUUAUACUUUGCUUCACCUAAUGCUAAACGACAUCACAAAAUAUUAGUGGAGGUACAAGCUGCCCCCUUGUCAAUAGUACAGUGGGUGAUGUGACAAUGUCUAGUGACAUUCAUGAUUUGGGAGAUAAUCAUUAACGUUAAGGUAGGCCGAGUAGCCAGGUUUAGCGGUUGCCUUUAGAGCUGGCGGUUGAAGUUAUAAGCUGGUAAUUGAAGUUAGAAAUUGUUGUAUUGACAAUGCCAGUGUCAGAUGUUAUUUGGGAAGGAAAUGUUCCCAUUUUAUUUGAAUGUUUGGAUCCUAACGCUGGAAUAACACUUGUCCAGGCAAUGUAGUGUGUGUGUGUUGGAGUAUAUGGAUUGUGGAGCAGAGAGUGUUAAACAUAAACUAAACUCCUCCUUCCCCCCGCACACUGGAUACCUGACGUGUGAGCUUGCUCCGGGUUUUAUAUAAAGCAGUUCGGGACCGGGCUCAGAGGCGGCCAGUCCCCAGAUCACCAAGCCCCCACCCCCGGAGCUAUGCUCAGCAUGCGGCAGUCUUACACCGUGACCGUAACCGAGGAGCCGCUCUUCAGCCUCUUUAACAAGGAGCUCCGCAGGAAAACUCCCAGCGUCUCCGGCUCCAUGAUCGUCUCUACAUUUGUGGGACUCCUCAUCAACCAGGCGAAGAAUUCUAAAACCAGCCACGGCCUUGUGGGGCUUCGAAAUCUGGGCAACACAUGUUUCAUGAACUCCAUCCUGCAGUGUUUGAGCAACACCCGGGAGCUGAGAGAUUAUUGUAUUCAGAACACCUACCGGCGAGAUCUGAACAACCGGAGCCGCGCCAACACCGCACUAAUGGAGGAAUUUGCAAAGCUUCUCCAGGCCAUGUGGACAUCCUCCAGCAAUGACCCCAUCAGUCCCUCAGAGUUCAAAACACAAAUUCAAAAAUAUGCUCCACGAUUUGUCGGAUACAACCAACAGGAUGCCCAGGAGUUUUUGCGUUUCUUGCUGGAUGGGCUUCAUAAUGAAGUGAACAGAGUGUCAGUGCGUUCCAAGGCUAUAGUGGAGGACUUAGACCACCUUCCGGAUGAUGAGAAGGGGAGAAGAAUGUGGAAGAAAUACCUGGAGAGAGAGGACAGUCGGAUCGUAGAUCAUUUUGUGGGCCAGUUGAAAAGUUCCCUGACCUGCAGUGAAUGUGGCUACUGUUCCACAGUGUUUGACCCCUUCUGGGACUUGUCACUGCCCAUCUCAAAGAAAGGUUAUGGUGAAGUUUCGCUAAUGGAUUGUAUAAGACUCUUCACGAAAGAGGAUGUUCUGGAUGGAGAUGAAAAGCCAACCUGCUACAGAUGUAAAACACGAAGAAAAUGUACCAAGAAAUUCACAAUCCAGAAAUUCCCAAAGAUCCUUGUGCUUCAUUUGAAGCGAUUCUCCGAAGCUCGGAUCCGCACCAGUAAACUCACUACUUUUGUAAAUUUUCCUCUAAAGGACCUUGACCUUCAAGAGUUCUCAUCGGAAAACUCUGCCCAUGCAGUUUACAAUCUGUAUGCUGUUUCCAAUCACUCGGGUACCACCAUGGGUGGACAUUACACUGCAUACUGCAAGAACCCACAAUCUGCUGAGUGGUACAACUAUAAUGACUCUAGAGUAACUCCAAUGUCAUCAAACCAGAUACGGACAAGUGACGCCUAUGUACUAUUUUACGAACUCUCCUGUCCUUCCUCUCGGAUAUAAGUCUUUGGAUGUGAGAACAGGGGAAAGAAGAAGCAGCUUAAACUGUCUCAGCAAAGCCAACAUUUUAAAGUGAUCAUCACGUAUGUCCUUAUGGUGCAACACAAAAUCCUUGACGAGGAGUUCAACCAACCAAUGGCCAGAACAACUGACUGCACCAGGACCAAGAGGGGAAAAGGAGGGAGGGACAACACAAAGGGCUCUCUUUCAGAAAUUCAGGCGUCACCAGCCCUGAAGUCAUUGACAGUUAUUUUCCAAAGUACACACCAGCAUCUGAUGCAGGUGAACCUGGGUCAGAUCCACACCUUGCUGAUGAAAUAUUGCCUACAACAGUGAGCUGUUGGACCUGCAGGUUCUGCAUCAGCAUCUCUCCUCAACAUUGUCUUGGAGUAUGUUUAUUUUCAAUUGCAGAAUUUUUCUUGCAAGUUUUUUUGAAACAUUAAAACAACAGAUUUGUUACAUAGAGGGAUAGAGAUGAUCUGUUGCUGUUUCAGAUCCUCAGUUACAAAGGAAUCUGGUUCAGGCUGUUUUUAUUUAAAUGUUUAUUUAACUUUUUGGGAUAGUGGCAGUGACUUGCCUAAAUUCCUGCCACAUAUCUGGUUAGAACCAUCAGUCUAAAGGGCAAUGUUUCUGAUUUCCCUAACUGUUCUCUUCAAUAAGGAAUUACCCCAUUUCACUAUCUCCAUGGUGCCUGCAAUAUUAAAUACUACUUUAAAAAUUCACAUUUUGGUAAAUUUGAAAUAUAAUUUCAGAUUUAAAGAAACUAACCAUUAGCUCUUAAUUAACAUUGAUUUCCUGAAUUGGUACUGUUCUUGACGACUGACAAGUAACAUUUUACUUGCCUGAAAUAAUCAGCUUUAUCUGAGUUACAGAGAUGUGUCUGUGAUUCCUAUUUGUUAAACUAUUAAAUGGGGCUAAAGAUAUUGUGCAGCUAACAAAAACCUAGCAUCUUACUGGCACAGAAUCCUUUUAUAACACUACCAGAGAAGGUCUGUGUUUUCAGAUUCUAAGUGGCAAUGACCUCAUUGUGUUCACAGUCCUAGUUUUUUUUAAAAGUCCCCCGAGAGAAUCUCUCAGAUUCUGUGGAUAAUUGUGAAAACCAUGGAGUUGAUCAGUAGAGUUCAGGGAAUUUGUUUCCUUUGUCUAUCUUAGACCUACAGCUGGUUCUCUAGGAAGUGAUCAAUUAGUGCUGUGUUCCAUCAUGUUGUCUUGGUUCAUUCCAACUUUUCCUUUUCUCUUUUGUUUGUUUUCCUCGUACCUUCCCUACUGCCUCCUUCCCUUACCUCCUCUAUCAUCGUUUCCUCCAGGACACUGCAUCUUCUAGAGAUCAUUUCUCACUUUGCUUCCUCACUUUAUACGUACGUUUUGUUUUUGAAAGACUGUUUGGGGAAAGGAGUUAAACUUAAAGACAUAGUGUUAAUUGUAAUUUUUUCAAUGUUUUGGACGUUUCAACUUCACAACUAAAACAGGUAGAUUGCUUGACCAUAAAGUGAAUCCUUUUGGCCUUUGUUGAUAUCCCAACCCCCAUUUUUCGCCAUUACACAGCUCCUCUGCUGUACUCAAUGCAGAGUCAAGCUCUGGAGAAGGGGAUAUGGAGUCAGAAGUUCAACAAUCAGGCAUUAUUAGCACAGCGAUUGUCUACUUAAAUUUUAAAAGAUCCUGCAGGGAUUUUUAUUGUGACAGAGCUGCAUGAGAUGAGCAGUAUAUACAUCUACAAACCUGUAUUUUCUGCUAUAACAAAAUGGUUUCCAGGGGGAAACAUCAAUAAGGUCAUAUUUUAUAGGUUCAAAUAAUAGGAUUCUAACAUUUUGUCUGCUGUUAACUUUGCCUCCAGAUCCUCUCUGCUUUGACAUUGAAAGUAUAACUUUUGAUCUGAGAUACAAAAUCAUAUGGAAUUGAAGAGAUUAGUUUUAGCUUUAAAGGAUUGUAGAGCACGUGACCCUGGAGCAUUUUCAAACAUUGUAUUAUUUGGGUUUGUUUGUUUGUUGUUCUCUCUCUGCCCAAGAUGUAACUGGGUAACUUCUGAAAAGCACACACUGUCCAUUGUUCUCGUUGGCAUCUGUUUGAGCCAGUCACUCUGUUGAUAUCAUUAUUUCACUAAGGAUGGGCUUUGGAGGAAAAAUACAAACCGGUGGAGGAGUCCGUAUCUUCUGUUUACAACAGUGUACCUCUUUCAUCUCGCUCUCAGCCUUUACUCCACAUCCUUUAAUUGCCCUGCAUUUUAAAUAGCUGUGUAAAGAUGAUCGAUCCUCAAACAGUGACCAUCUCAGGCAGUGCCCUGUCUUCUCUGAUCAGCUGUAUGAAAAUAUUUUCUGGAUGUUCUUUUAACUGGCCUGUUCCAGUCCAUUCCACUCCCUUUGUAUUCCCCUCCAACACUUCAAACCAGUAAUGCUGCUUUCUCCAGUGCAGUAUAAUUGCUCUGUUCAGAUACUCCCUGGCUAACCGUCUAAAGAUGAUCUUGGUGGGAAGGGGCUUGGCACAUGUUUCAUAAAUGCACAGUUCAUCUUUUACUCACCUAUACUCCCAUCUGCACUCCCAAAACCCAUUGUUCUUUAGGGCUUUUUAAUUUUGUCUUAUUUAAAAGAAACUCUCGUUUUAACAUGUUAAUUUUAAAUUCUAAACUAAUGCAUGGAGACGUGAUGACUGUUCUAUUUUGAUAUGUAGUGAGUUUAUGGAUGUAUCUUGUUUACUGUGUAAACAAGCAAUGGAUAUAUUUUAUAUUAUGUACUGAGGCAUUGUACAUAAGAAAUUUUAACUAAAUAGAUAUCUAUAGUAUAUAUAUAGAAUAACAUCUGUGUGUAUGCACGCACAGUAUAAAUAUACAUAAACCUAUGCCUUGAAAUGACAGCCUGGUGAGCAAGUACAAAGCAAUGGUCUUUGAUCUUUUUGUACAGCCUGGAAUCCUGUUUUGGAGUAUUGUCUAAUUUAUAUAAGGAAUGUUUUGUUCUCUCUGGUUGUAGAACUGACCAUAUUCAUAACUGUAAGUGUGAAGAUCCCGGGGAAUAGUCUGGUUGGUUUGAUUUUUCUGUACAGUGUGUUUUUAUUUUUUAAUGUCCCUUUACUCUGAUUCUUCCCCCUAAGAUCAACCCAGUUUGGAGAACAUGCCCAUUUGUUUUGGACUAAAUAUAUCCAGUUUUGUUCUUGUGACCAGUUCCCAACUUGUCCUUGUAUCACAUGCCCUGGCUCUUUUAAUUGUGCAAUGAUCAUUUAGAGAAGUGGAAAGCCUGGGUUCCUCUCAGGUGCAGCCUUGUUAAUCAGGCAGAGGAAUUCUGACCCUUCUGCAAUAACACACAUGACAAUAUUCAAUAAGCUGAACCAUUGUGAGAAGGAUAUUAAAAAUUCUUACAUGGAAUGUGAGUGCUGCUGGUAAAGCCAGUUUUGUUUCAACCCUUUCUCAACACUUGGGGAUGGGCUGAGUCACUUGUUGAGUCAUCACAAUACGUCUGGUGUAGUGACACUCAAAGUUCUCCUAGGACAGAAUCCCAAGGAAUGUCCGUGUUUAAACAAAGUGAAUUUGAUUUGUCUGUAUUCAAUUAAAUGCUUUCACCAGCUCAAACUCUUGAUCAGGAUCUUUCCUCUCAGUCUGGAGAAUUUCACAGCCUCCCUCCUCCUGCCUGGGGAGGGAGGGUGAGCAGAAGACUGAUGCUAAUUCUCUGUCCUGGUGGAUUAUAAAGUAACAAGCUCUUUAGCCUGUGGCAAAGUGGGUUGGGGGUUGGGGGUUGGGGGGUGGGGGAUGGGGGGGAGGAGAAGAGAGGGAAAGGAUAGGAAGAACCUGAGGGUACAAUGUGGAACUUGCAAUGAUGCUAAGGAGCCAUGGGCACACAAGUUAUACUCAAUAUUGCAAAACUGGUGCAAGUUCUCUGGAGUAGGAGGUUCCUCGCACUCUGCCCAAACUCCUCCUUCACUGUUGGUAUUAAUUUCUUGUAUUGUUUUAUUUUAACUGGAAUGUUCUGGAAAAAAAAAACAAAAUUGAAAACUGACUCUGCACUUUGUUAUUGCUGCGGGACCAGCGCUUUCUGCAGGGCUGCUCAGUGGGUAUAAUGCAUCACCGUGGUUCACUGAAGGGUGUACGCAUGCACCUUUUUUUUUUAAAAAACUACUUUUGAAAGAAUAAAAACACUGUGAAUAUUAAAAUAACGUUGCCUGCCA